GAGCCCGUGGCCGAGUGACGUCAUCACUUCCGAACCGAGUGACGUCACCGCGCAUCCCAACUCGCUGGCGACGUCACCCCCCCGCGUUAUAAGAAAUAAAAUCGCGUUUAUAGGGGAAUAAAAAAGAUAAUUAAUUUGAUAAUUUUAAAAAAAAUAAACUUCCCCUUGCUGAGUGGCGGCGAUGGAGAAGCUGAAGUCGCUGGCCUCGAGCACGGAGAACGUCUUCCUGUUCGUGCCAAACAUCAUCGGCUAUGUGCGCGUGGCGCUGGCUCUCGCUGCCUUUGCCACAAUGCCGUGGAGCCCCCUGGCGGCCUGUGGCCUUUACCUGUGCAGCGGUCUCCUGGACGCCGUGGAUGGGCACGCGGCUCGCUCGCUCAACCAGAGCUCUAAGUUUGGUGCCAUGCUCGACAUGCUGACGGACCGCUGCACCACGAUGUGUCUGCUGGUGAAUCUGUCGCUGCUCUACCCACGCUGUGCGCUCCUCUUCCAGCUCAGCAUGGCGAUCGACGUGUCAAGCCACUGGAUGCACCUGCACAGCUCCAUCCUCCAGGGUGCUGUGAGCCACAAAUCCCUUGGCCUGGCCUCGAACCCCAUCCUGCACCUCUACUACAACUCACGGCCCGUGCUCUUCGUGAUGUGUGCUGGCAACGAGUUAUUUUACUGCCUCCUGUACCUCUACCAGUACAGCAGUGGGCCUAGCGUCCUGGGCGUGGGUGCCGUGCCGCUGUUGCUCCUCGUCACGGCCCCCGUCUGCCUCCUCAAGACCCUCAUCAGCUGCGUCCACCUCGUCAGCGCUUCGGCUCACAUUGCCGCCCUGGACGCGGAGGAGCGCAAACGCCGCUCCUGAGCCAGCAGCGGCGGUGUCGUCAGUGACGUCAUCGUGUCAGUGACGUCAUCGUGUCAGUGACGUCAUCGCCGUCGUCACCAGUGACAUCGUCGUCAUCAUCGUCAGCGGUGUCAUCAGUGUCAUCAGUGUCAUCAUCGUCAUCAUCAACGGUGUCAUCGUCAUCAGUGU